AUGAUAAAAUCUCAAAAUAAUAAAGGCAUCAAUUUGUCAUAAUCUAUCUUGGAUGACAGUCCAGAAUUUUGGAUUCAAAGACCUUAAAUAUUAAUUCAAUUUUAGCUAUCAGAUGAACUAUUGGUUGUUAAUAGGAAUAGAUUAAUAUAAAAGACAAUAUUUUUUGGAAGUCAUUAUCUGAAGUAUGGAGAAGAUGUAUGAAUAAUUUUAUUUAUUAAACAGAAAUUCCUUGAUGUUAGAAAUCUAUUGUUAGAAAUAGUUUAUCAUCCAAGAACAUCUCAAUCAGGAUUCAGAUUAAUGAAAAAUGGUGAAAAACUGGAUGUAUAUGGAGACACUUAAAAUUGGAUAGAUGUCUUAAAAAAGUAUACAAUCUAAUCAAAUUUAUAACAAAAAUAUAAAAUAAUUAAGAAAAUAGGAGAAGGAAGCUAAUAUCAAGUAUAUAUAACUUUAUAUUCACAUUAAAGGUUUUCAAAAUUAGAAACAAACUAACUGGAUAAGAAAAUGCAGUUAAGAUAUAUGAUAAAUUGAAGCUACAUAAUUCUCCAUACUUGCUUGAGCUUAUCAAAAAGUAAAUUAAUAUGAAAAGACAAUUUGAACAUAAAAAUUUAAUUCGCUUAUUAGAAAUUUUCGAAAGUGCUAAUCAUCUUUAUGUUAUUGAAGAAUUGAUUGAAGGAGGAAAUUUAGAAAGCAAAAUUUCAUCAACUACAUUUAAUUAAUAACAAAUUAUAUUGAUUAUAAAAUAGACAUUAAAUGGAUUAUAGGAAAUGCAUAAAAGAGGAUUUAUUCAUGGAGAUGUUUGCUUAAAAGCAAUAGGAUUUAAAAAUGAAUAAGAUAUAGAUUCAUUAUGUUUAUUACAUUAUUCUAAAGUGAUGUCAAUAAAUGCUGCAAGAAAUUCAACUAAAAAAAUGCUAAGUCAAAGACCUUCUCUUAAAAAUGAUAAAACUCACACUUCUGAUUUACAAUAAUUAGGAAUUAUUUUGAUUAGAUUACUUACCGGAUAUUAAUUUAAUCAAUUCAAUUUACCUAGUUAAAUGGAUGAUAUUAAAAGCAUUUUAAAUUUUCAAUAAACUAGUAAGGAAUUAGAGGUAUUACUAUAAUAAUUACUGUUAAUUGAUUUUGAAUUAUAACUUAGUGAUACAAAUACUCCUCUUGAAGUAUUAAAAAAUGAUAUAUUCAAAAAAUAAAUAGAGCCUUCUAAUUUCAUCUUAAAAUAUCAGACUAUAAAUGAUAUAAGAAGAUAAAGUGAAUAAAGUAAUAAUAGUGAUGAUGAAUCAAUGGAAAUUCGCUCAAGAGUCAAUACAUUACCAAAUAUUUAAGAUAGAAAAAGCGACUCAAGAAGUUUGUCCAACAGAACUAAAAAUAUGGUAUCUCCAUUAAAAAUAUCAAAAUUUAAUAAAAUUGAUAUAUUUGUUAAACCUCCUUCAUAAAUUUCAUAAAGAAGAUCUAGUAAUCUAUAUUAACUACCAAGAAUGAAUCUCAUGCCUAAAAUCAAGUAAAAAGUUUAGUGA